UUUCCAUUUUUUAUGUAAGCAAACAAUUUACUAACAUUACUAUAACUCAUAGCAUCUGCCUCUGCGCCACUGCGCACUCUUAUGAGAUAUUUGAAAUAGGCUCACCAUUGGCCACUAUACGAGAUGGGAACGGCUGGAUCAUCGAUGGACACUUUAAGCUCAUUCACGUUAUAGAUCUAGAGCGUUAUGACUUGACAACGAAUCAACUGGAGCAUUUACUAACCAACCUCAAUGAAACAACAACAACCACAGAAGUACUGCUGUUCCAACUAAACAGAAUUCGCACACACUUGGAUGAACUGAGAGGGCACAAACUUGCGAGAUCGAAGCGAUCCAUCAAUUGGAUAGGGUCUGCCUGGAAAUGGAUAGCUGGUUCACCAGAUGCGCUCGACUGGGAUAAGGUCCUUAACAACGAAAACUCCCUUAACCAAAAUAGUAACAGGCAAUACAAGCUAAACAGCGUUGUGACGAUCACAAAUGACGUCGUCGAUCGAAGAACCAGGGAAAGGCUCGAGCAGGAUGUCCAAAACAAGAUAGCUAUUCUGAAGGAAGACGUGAACGAGCUGAUACGCGCCUGCCAAAUGGCUAAGGCUGGCAUCGUCAAUAGCAAUCUCUUAAGCAAGGAAGAAGUUAACCAGCUUGUUGGCGAGAUUGACAUCCUUCCAUACAGUAAUGCCAUUGAAGCCAUCGAGUAUAGCAAACCUUCGGUCUACACCAACAACACGCUAUUGCUGUACGUGUUAUCUCUGCCUAAGGUCACGGAGGAAAGAUUCAACCACCUUAUCACACGAGCUAAUGUCCAGAAGGGCCAUCGGAUAGAAUUGGCGUACAAAACUAUCCUUAUAAGCAAACAGGAGACGUUUGGCAUAAGGGGAGACUGUUUGCACUUAUCCUCAGCAAUGGUAUGUGAAAAAAAAUCCUUGGACCUGCUACCGGAGGCUGGUUGUUUGGCUCGUCUCCUCAAGGGCGGAGAAACAAGUUGUCCUUACUUGACAAGCAACGCAUCUACCGUCGAAGUAAUCAAAGAUGAUACUAUUUUCCUGAACAAUUUCGUUGGCAACAUAAGUUCAGGUAAAACCACUACUAAUCUUAACGGUUCCUAUAUUCUCCGUGUAGACAACGAGACGGUAGUAAUCAACAACCAAACAUACUCAAGCAUUACCACCUCAGGAGUUCAGGUGCUCCCACCAAUCCUAACUAGCGUCACGAACCGCACAAUGGCUAUAAACCUCGAUCUGGUACAUGGAAUGGCAAUUGACAACUUGCAAAUAUUGAAGCACCUUAAAUCUGAGACGAAUUGGUUCAUAUUAUCCGAGGGAUCGGGACUACUGUUACUUAUGGUGAUAAUUUGGUUUAUCUGGAGGAAGCUCACAGCAAGGAUCCACUUACCCGAAAUAAAAAUCGAGAACCAACUUAGUCGAAGGAUCGAGAAACGUCCUUCCUCACCUAAUCUGCGGGACGCAGAUAUUUAAAGGGGGAGGAGUUAACACGCUGCGGCACCCAACAUAUUGCAUUCCCACACCUUACCGAUACACGUGCCGCUGCAUCAGCAUAGUCGCUGUUAUUCUAUAAGACAACCCAACACCCUAAGUCAAGGCCAGUUACAUAUCAGGUACCACGUACUAAUGCUAACGCACUAAGAACGGAGCCAGACGCAGCGUCAGCAAAUUAUGUUUCACACGAUUGUGAAAUACUUGCACAUGCCACCAGUGCAUGCCAACCGUGGGAAGCUAGGGGCGGAGCCAGCGUACCAAGACACGGCGCACCUGAAGGCAGCAGAACGACCCAAACCUAUAAAGGCCUGCAGCGCACAUCAAGGGGCAGUUGCGUAGUGGACAUUAACCGUAGCUUGUAACAUUUACCUUUGUAGUAAAUAAACCUUGUAAAUUCUAACUUUGA